AUGGGUUAUUGUGAUGGUUUGGUAUGUGUAAAAGCUUAUUGUAAUGAUGAUAGUCUGAUCUUUCUCUGGAAUCCAAGUACAAGAGACUCCAGAAAAUUGCCAUAUACGCCUGGAGUAUUAAGGAAUCAUCAUUUUUCUUGCUAUGGAUUUGGAUAUGACUACAAUAGUGACGACUACAAGGUACUAAUAGUGGUUCCUCCACUUGAUUGUUACCGAGACUCUAGCUGUAAAUCCAUGAUGUACACAUUAAAAACAGAUACUUGGAGGAGGAUUCAGGAUUUCCCUUCUGAUACUAGAUGUCUUGUGUGGGGUCAUAACCCGGAUAGGUCUGCUACUCUUGUAAAUGGAGCUCUACAUUGGAUGGUGAAGCAAACAUGCAAUUAUCUGUGGGUAAUAAUUUCUCUAAAUUUGACAACUGAGACAUACAUAGAAGUCGCGAAACCUGAUUAUUAUGGUGUCGAUCAGUCUUCUGGAAUUGGAAUAGGGGUCUCAAACAGAGAUUGUUUAUGCUUACUUGUUUACAACAGAGCUGGUGGCAAUUAUGAGUUUUGGGUGAUGAAGGAAUAUGGAGUGCGAGAGUCUUGGACUAUAUCAGCCAAGAUCUCAAAUCGUGUGGAGGGUGGUGUAUAUGUGCUUGGCUUGAGACCGUCGACAUGGUUUUCUGAAAAUGGGAAAAUUCUAUUCCGGCCUUUAGCUGCUAGGGAACUGGCUAUUUACAAUGCAAACAACAAUUCAGUUACGUCUCUGCAUCAAAUACCUGAUGAUUAUUCAACUGCUCAUGGUGAUGUGUUUGUUGAGAGCUUAGUUUCUCCCUAUGCUUAUAGUAACCAUAGAGCUAACGAUACUAAUCGUCUCAAAAUCAAUAUUGGAAGAAUGAAUAGAGUAGUGAGGAAUGUGUAG